AUGUGCCCCGCAGACCAAACCGUCGCAAAGUCCGACAACAAUGACCACUUGGUCCAGUCGGACGACCCCGAACACCCGGCCAACCUCAUCCCCGAGCUCUGCCGCAAAUUCUACAACCUGGGAUGGGUUACCGGCACUGGAGGUGGUACCUCGAUCCGCCAAGGUGACCACAUCUUCAUCGCCCCGUCUGGAGUUCAGAAGGAAUUGAUGCAGCCUCAAAACAUCUUCGUGCUCCAAUGGCCCACCCCCAAAUACCCUGCCUCGGACCGUAGCUACAUCCGCAAGCCGCUCAAGCUCAACCCCUCCGCCUGUACCCCACUAUUCCUGACUGCAUUUGAGCAGGGUGCUGGCUGCUGCAUCCACACUCACUCACAAUGGGCGGUUCUAGUCACCCUGUUGGUGGAGCGAGAGAAGGGCCCUGACGCUUGCUUCGAGAUCAGCAACAUCGAGCAGAUCAAGGGUAUCCCCCGCGGUAAAGGAAAGGGCAUGCUUGGGUUCUUCGAUACUUUGCAGAUUCCCAUUAUUGAAAACACCGCCUUCGAAGAAGACCUCACCAGCGGUUUGGAGGCAGCUAUGAAUAAGUACCCAGAUGCGUAUGCGGUGCUUGUCCGGAGGCAUGGAAUUUAUGUCUGGGGUGAUACCACUGCUAAGGCGAAGACCCAGUGUGAGAGUCUGGAUUACAUCUUCCAGCUGGCUGUGGAAAUGCACAAGCUGGGACUCCCGUGGGUCAAAUAG